AGUAGGGAGGAGAUCCUUUUUCUCACUGCUUUGGAUGAACAGUAUAAAGUUUGUCAGGAGCAAGAUGGCGCCGCUCUCUAUGUGGUGUUGUCACCGAAUUAUUGCGGUCACAGCAGGCGUUUAUACGCCUAAACUGGCUCCUGCCCAAGUAAGUAGGUUGCGAUUAGUGAGCCAGUAUUCCACGACCCAAACGAGGCACAACGUAGGCCAAGGCAUUGUGUCAAAGCUGAAGCGGGCAAAUGAAACAUAUGAGAGGUUUCUUCAACGCCAUUUCCCUCGAUUCUAUGUUCUUUAUCACGCAUUUAAGAGAGGAUUUCGCCUUCUCUUUCAGGAUGUCAGAGAAGUGCGUAGAAUCAAAAGUGGGAUGCUCAUUAAUAACAUAGAUCACCAAAAGCUGCCUUAUCGUGAAAUGGAGAAGCUCAGGCAGUUUCGUAGAGACAUGCUCAAAGCCAUUCCUCUGGUGAUCAUCUCAGCACCUCCCUUUGCCAACUACCUAGUCUUUGUUCUUAUGUACCUUUUUCCCCGGCAGCUCCUGAUUCGACACUUCUGGACACCACAGCAGCUGGUGGAGUUUCAGGGUGUGUACCAUGCACAGAGGGCACACCACCAUCCGGAACUACUCAGUGGACUGGAGAAGGCAGCAGCAGGCAUCAAAGAUGUCCGACUGAAGACCCGCCUUCUGGAGCUCUGCAGCAAGGUCCACAGUGGCGCUCAGCCAGUUGUAUCUGAUGUUCAUGCUGUGAGGACCUUAUUCUCUGGCCCUCCACUCGGUAUGAGGAGAAUGAGCACAGAGCAGAUGAGUCACCUCUGCCCACUGCUCUUUCUGACUUCCCGCCUGCCUGCGUUUUGGAUUGGUCAGCGCUUGAAUAGCCACGCCUUAGAGCUCAUGCAGUUGGAUCAUGCCAUUGUCCGCCUGGGGCUCCAUCAACUGAAUGACAUGGAGCUCAAAGAGGCUUGUUACGUGAGAGGGCUGAAUGUGCAGUGGUUGAGUCCUGCUCAGUGUCUUCAGUGGCUCUCCCAGUGGCUGCAGUUCUCAACACACCUUAAAGAAUCAGAGACUUCCCUGUAUUUGCACAGCAUGAUGCUACUGACGGUGAACUAUCCAAAACCCCCACACAGCUGACCAAACCCCGCUGUCAUCCUGCUACACAAUGAAAAUGAUAAGGAUCAAGAACAUGCGCAGAAUGGAUGACGGCUGUCAGCAUGGAGCCACCCACCCCAACCAAUAUCAUAAUCAAACAGGGGAGCCUUUUACAGUUUUGAGUGUGAGACUUUGUCAUAAUAUGCUCUGAAUGUUAAAGGGCUUAGCACUAAUGUUCAGUACUUUUUGGACAUGUCCACUUAUGUAUACUUGACCACAGAGAUUAAUUAUGGGAAGAAAGCACAAAACUACUAGAUACCACCAUAAAUUAGCUACUGGUGGGCUACACUAAAUGGUCCAUUCCACACCAUGGUAAACUACUACAGCAUGUUCUGGCCUCAUGUACAUUAUUAGAAAAAGAUGAACAUAAUCUGAGAGUAGGUGUGUUUGACUGUGUACGAACUAAUGCAGGGUCUUUCUGGGGCCAUGUUUACAUGGAACUUUAUAUUGUUUAAUUCCACUUAAUAUGGCUCUGAUAGGCAUACCAUUCUGCCAUGUUCAUGCAUUACAUCAGGCACAGAGAUUUCAUUUCUAUAUUUGAUGUAUAUAAAGUCUUUAUGAAUAUUUGAAAGCAAGGUCAGAAUUGUGUUUACAUAUUACACAAUAUUCCAAGAUGAUUGACUUGCCAAAGUCAAUAAAUACUCCUAAAAAUUA